AUGCGUCUUCAUGGUGCUUUGCAGAGUCAUGCUCCAAUUGCGAAAAAUGAAUCAUCUACCACAUUAGGUCUAGUCAAAGAACAAUCAGAAGGUGUUGGCGCCCGUGUGAGACGAAGUAUUGGCACCAACGCGGUCAAGCAUAUUGAUCCAUUUCUAAUGCUGGAUGAAUUUUCUGUGAAUGCGCCAGCUGGCUUUCCAGAUCAUCCACAUCGUGGAUUCGAGACAGUAACUUAUAUGCUGACAGGCAGUUUCCAACAUGAAGAUUUUUGUGGGCACAAAGGUGUUAUCAAUCCUGGAGAUUUGCAAUGGAUGACUGCAGGCAGAGGAAUAUUACAUUGUGAAAUGCCUCUCGAAAACUCGCCAAUAACUGCUCAUGGUCUUCAAUUAUGGGUUAAUCUUGGGCGAGAGUUUAAAAUGACUGAACCAAAAUAUCAAGAGUUAUUAGAUAGAGACAUACCGCGUGCAACAUCCGACGAUGGUCUAGUCAACGUUAAAAUUAUUGCCGGUGAAUCGAUGGGAAUUCAAAGUCCAGUGUACACAAUAACUCCGACAAUGUAUUUAGAUUUUACUGUGAAACCAACUGGUCAAUUUACACAAUCGAUACCCAAUAAUUGGAAUGCUUUUUGUUACAUUCUUUCGGGCUCCGGUGAAUUUGGUUCAAAAACUACAAAAGCAGAUGCACAUAAUAUACUGGUUUUAUCUCUUGGAAAUACGUUACAAUUUAAAAACACCAGUCAAACAAGUGAUUUACGCUUUGUUUUAAUUGCGGGAAAACCGCUCAACGAGCCUAUCGUACAAUAUGGACCGUUUGUAAUGAACACGCAGAAAGAAAUUGAACAAGCCCUUCGUGAUUUUCACGAAAACAGGAAUGGAUUCGAAAAUGCUGCAAAAUGGAGGAGUAAAGCAGCGUCUGCACAUUAA